CAGAUACUUUAACACUUUAAUAUUUAAUUUUAAUCUUCGCCUACCCGGCUCACCGAUCAAUCUAUCAAAAUGAAGUUCUUCACCGCUGCCUCUUUCUUCGCUCUGGCCACUGCCGUCGCCGCUGCUCCCAGCUAUAACCAGGGCACUCCAUCUGUUACCAAGGAGCAAGCCAUCGCUAAGUGCGGCAACAGCAACAUCUCUUGCUGCAACAAGCAGGUCAACAAGAUCUCCGCCAAGGGCCCUGACACUGAUCUUGGUGUCCUCAACGGUCUCCUCAAGAACGUUAACCUUGAGGACAUCCCCAUCUUCGAUCAAUGCUCUAAGUUGAAUAUUGCCGCUCUUGGUGCUACCGACCUCCUCAACAGACAGUGCCAGCAGACUGCUGCCUGCUGCCAGAACACCGAAUCCAAUGCAAACGGUGUUGUUGCCCUUGCUGUCCCCUGCAUUCCCAUCAACAUUCUCUAAAUGGAUUGCAUCAAGCAUCCCAUCCGUCUUCAACAUCGCGUUCCACAACACCGCGAUACGGGUCAGAUAAAAGAUUGCAGGAACAGGUGCUAGACGUGCAUUCGCUGCAUUUUGGACAUAGUUUUGAACCGCAAAUUGUGUCUCUCAUUUCUGUUUCUUUUGUCUGAUAUCUUAUCGAAAGCAAAGGCGAAUAGGAAUUAUGUAUUGGUGCGCGCUACCAAUGUAAAGAUUAUUCUUCGAGCAGUGCUGUGGUUUGUCUGUAUUUAUAGUCAAUUUAUUGGUGUUGAACCAAUUUCAUCCAGUUGAUCUUCGUUUCCUAGCUUGCUACAGCGUGCAUUCUCAGGAUAUAUUUCUGCAGAUUGAUUUCCUCGCAAGCAAUCUCGAGUCCCGUGAUUAUCAGGAUUUGAUAGUGCUACGACGCGGAAAGGACUUAUGGAGAGUUUUGUCGGAAGAGCAGACCUGCUUAGCAUUUAGUGCGUACCAUUUAAUGUGUUUUCAUAAUAUUCCGUAUAUCUAAAACAUAUCCAAAUGACAAUUACAGGAUAUUCAAAGCUCAAGAGCAGCUUCCGCACCAAUUCAAAGCAAAAAAGAAAAGGGGCUACAGGUAUGAAGCUGACACCGUCCCGGUGAGGAAGAAGUCGUCACAUGGAACUGCACGUACGGAGUGUAGUAAUCCCUUAUCCGCGAAGCGCAAGUAACCUAACAGAACAUCACAACUUGCUUUGGCGAGCCGAGGAAGGAGCAUAUAGCGCACUAGUUUUCGCCAUUGCCUCGACAGCUUCUCUUUCGAUACGCUUCAAGAGUUCCUCGCAUGUUGGGAUAUCAUGAAUGAGGCCGAUGACUUGUCCAGCAG